AUGUACACUAUCGCUGUUCAAACUGUCAGCGGUGGGGUGAAUAGUGAGGCAAGGACAACGAUACAGAGGACAGCUGCAGCUCAGCCUGGUGUGAUCAACAUUGCACCAGCUGAUGUAACAGAGACCAGCAUUAGGAUCACAUGGACAGCUGCAGUUGGUGCCAAAGACAGCUACAGUAUCAGCAUCACCCCUGACGCUGGUGUCAUCAACCCUUAUGGGACUGUGAAUAUUGGAGCCACCCUAGAAUACACGUUUGCAGGUUUGACAGCGGGGUCCCUGUACACCAUCGCUGUUCAAACUGUCAGCGGCGGGGUGAAUAGUGCGGCAAGGACAACGACACAGAGAACAGCUGUAGCCCUGCCUGGUUGGAUCACCAUUGGAUUUGUGACAGAGAACAGCAUGGGGAUCACCUGGGCAGCUGCAGCUGGAGCAGCAGACAGCUACAGUAUCAGCAUCUCUCCUGCCGAUGAUGUCACCAACCCUAUAGCUGCUGGCAGUGUGAAUGCUGCAGCCACCCUAGAGUAUACCUUCACCGGUCUGACAGCAGGAACUGAGUACACCAUCAGUGUUGUAACUGUUACCGGUGGAGCAAACAGCGCGCCAAUGACACAUGUACAACGGACAACUGUAGCCCUGCCUGGUUGGAUCACCAUUGGAUUUGUGACAGAGAACAGCAUGGGGAUCACCUGGACAGCUGCAGCUGGAGCAGUAGACAGCUACAGUAUCAACAUCUCUCCUGCCGAUGGUGACAACCCUGCUGGCAGUGUGAAUGCUGCAGCCACCCUAGAGUAUACCUUCACCGGUCUGACAGCAGGAACUGAGUACACCAUCAGUGUUGUAACUGUUACCGGUGGAGCAAACAGCGCGCCAAUGACACAUGUACAACGGACAACUCCAGCCCAACCUGGUUCCAUCAGCAUUCUCCCAGCUGAUGUGACAGAGAAUAGCAUGAGGAUCAUCUGGGCAGCAGCAUUUGGAGCUGUAGACAGCUACAGUAUCAGCAUCUCUCCUGACACUGGUGUAACCAACCCUACCGGUAGUGUGAAUGAUGGAGACACCCUAGAAUACACUUUUACAAGUCUCACAGCAGGAACCCUGUACACCAUCAGUGUAACAACAGUUAGUGGUGGGGUGAACAGUCUGCCAAGAACAAUGACACAGAGAACAGGCCAGCCUGGGGACAUCACCGUAUCUUCCAUAACAGAGACCAGUAUCAGGAUCACAUGGACAGCUGCAACUGGGGCCAAAGACAGCUACACUAUCAGCAUCUCUCCUGACACUGAUGUCACCAACCCUACUGGAAGUGUGAAUGAUGGAGGCACACUAGAGUACACCUUCACAGGUCUGACGGCAGGAACCCUGUACACCAUUAGUGUCACAACUGUCAGCGGUGGGGUCUCCAGUGUACCAAUGACAAAACAACAAAGGACAAUUGUAGCCCAGCCUGGUUGGAUCACCAUUGCAUUUGCUGACGUGACAGAGACCAGUAUCAGGAUCACCUGGGCAGCUGCAUCUGGAGCAGUAGACAGCUACAAUAUCGCCAUCACUCCUGACACCGGUGUUACCAACCCUACUGGCAGUGUGAAUGCUGGAGCCACACUAGAAUACACUUUUACAGGCUUGACAGCAGGAACCCUGUACACCAUCAGUGUAAGAACGGUUAGUGGUGGUGAGAACAGUGUGGCAAGGACGACACAACAGAGGACAAGUGUCUCAGUGGACAGCUACAGUAUCAGCAUCGCCCCUGACACAGGUGUUACCAAUCCUACUGGAAGUGUUGCUGCUUCAUACACACUAGAGUAUACCUUCACAGGUCUGACAGCGGGAACCCUGUACACCAUUAGUGUCAUAGCUGUGAGUGGAGGGGUGAACAGUAUGGCCAGGACAAAGCAGCAGAGGACAACUGUAGCCCAGCCAGGAGCGAUCACCAUUGCACCUGCUGACGUGACAGUGAACAGCAUCAGGAUCACCUGGGCAGCUGCAGCUGGGUCGAAGGACAGCUACGAUAUCAGUAUCUCACCUGACACCGGUGUUAAUAACCCUACUGGAAGUGUGACUGCUGCAGCCACCCUAGAGUACACCUUUACAGGCAUGACAGCAGGAACCGAGUACACCUUGAGUGUGACAACAGUUAGUGGCGGGGAGAAUAGUGUGCCAAGGACAGCGACACAGAGAACAGUUGUAGCUCAGCCUGGGUAUAUCACCAUACUCCCAUCUGAUGUAACAGAGAACAGCAUCAGGAUCACCUGGGCAGCUGCAGCUGGAAUAGUAGACAGCUACAGUAUCAGCAUCUCGCCUGCUCAUGGUGGCAACCCUACCGGAAGUGUGACUGCCUCAUCAUCUUUAGAGUACACCUUUACUGGUUUGACAGCAGGAACGGAGUACACCAUCAUUGCUAUAGCCGUCAGUGGCGGGGUGAACAGUGUCGCAAGAACAAUCACACAAAGGACAACUGUAGCCCAGCCUGGGGCCAUCAUCAUCGCACCAUCUGAUGUCUCCGAGAACAGCAUCAAGGUCACCUGGGCAGCUGCAGUUGGUACCAAAGACAGCUACUACAUCAUCAUUUCUCCUGACAGUGAUGUAACCAAUCCUACCGGCAGCGUAAAUGAUGGAGACACUCUGGAGUACACAUUUACGGGUCUGACAGCCGGAACCCUGUACACUAUAAAUGUUAUAACUGUUAGUGGAGGAGUGAACAGUGCAGCCAAGACAAAGCAGCAGAGGACAACUGUAUCCCAGCCUGGCGUGAUCAACAUUGCACCAGCUGAUGUGACAGAGAACAGCAUCAGGAUCACCUGGACAGCUGCAGCUGGGACCAAAGACAGCUACAGUAUUGACAUCUCGCCCACAGGAAGUGUCAAUGAUGGUGAUACACUGGAGUACAGCUUUAAUAGUUUGACAGCAGGAACCCUGUACACCAUCAGUGUCACAACUGUCAGUGAUGGGGCGACCAGCGUGGCAAGGAUGAAAGAACAGAGAACAAAUUUAGCAACGGGAAGUACCACGUUUUCGUCUACGGCCACGGGAAGUUUAAAUCCGUCCACAAGUCCUCCGGAAGGAAAUCCUGGCGUCAGUUCUGCUGUAUGUAGCGCUAGCGGGGAACCCGGAGUGUAUGCAGGGGUGGGGAUCGGGGCUGCUGUUGUGGGUGUUGUGAUCGGAGUUCUGACAACACUCCUGGUGCAACACAUGAGGGCUAAAAGAGCAUCUGAAGAAGAAGCGGGGACAUAUGAAGACGUGGUGACCCGGAAGGCGCCGACACGCCAGUCUACGUCAGCGCACGGCGAGUACGAUAUCCCCAUGGAAACUGUUCCGCCACGCCCAGAGUCAGAGAGUCCCUACCAAGAGCUGAGGCCAACUGUGUAUGAACAUCUUAGGAAAAAGUGAACAGAUCACAAGGAAGACCUUCAGUGCGUUCAUAAUUCGUUCAGAAUCAAGUGAUAGGUGAUAAAUGUGCUUGAACUUAAUAUCUAUUUCAGUAUUUAUACGGUUGUAGGAUGAAUAUCUUUGUAUGUAAAUAAAACAAUACUAACGUUACUGCAUUAAAUUAAUUCACCUGAUAUAACAUUAUGUUGCCCUAUUCACGUUAAAGGUGUGCAGAUUAUGCACUGUUUUGUACUACUCAACGUUAUACAUUUGCUUUUGUCCGGAAUUGCCGUGUCUAAUAUCUAAUUAAUAGUAAACAAUCGACAGCAUACUUUAACACUAGAUAAAGGCAUACGUAAUCAAUCUAUAAUAAUCUGUUGCCAUUAGUGUUUAUAUUGCAACUGAGGGUGCAAGUUAUAUACGGAUACAGUUUUCUUUAUUGAUAUACUAGUACUCAGGUGCCCUAUGUAGAACGAAUGGUGGCGUUACCUUUUAUUUGCAUAUAUAACGUUAACAAUAACAAUACGCUGAAUACAUUUAGAGGCUCAUACUCAUAAAAUGCCGUGAUGAAUACACCCUGGAAAAUGCAUUGACUGUUAGCUAAUGUUUUAACCAACUAGUGUAAUAAAGACACGUUUUAAAUAAUAGCUAUAGACACAUUAUGUUUUUUUCCAUUAUGAUUUGCCAGUAUAAAUAAAGGCUUUCUAUCAUUAACA